AUGGUUUCUAAUUAUCAUAUCGAUGGAAAGUCUGUUGGACCCACUGGCCUAGGCUUGAUGGGUUUCUCCUGGAAUCCGGACGUAGUUGUUUCCGAUGAACAAGCUUUUGAAGCACUCAAAGCUGCUAUCGAGCAUAAUGCGACUUUUUGGAACGGUGGUGAAUUUUAUGGUAGGCCAAAGCCAGAGACCAAUUUGCAGCUGAUUUCCAGAUAUUUCACCAAGUAUCCUGAAGACGCCGAUAAGGUCUUUCUUUCAAUCAAAGGUGGUGUAGAUCAAUUGACUUGGAUGCCCGAUGGAACACCAGAAAAGAUUCGCGAGUCAAUUGACAAUUCGUUGAAGUUUCUUGAUGGAAAGAAGGCGUUAGAUAUGUUCUGUCUGGCUCGUAUCGGAAAGGUAUCAGUUGAGGAGUCUGUGAAGGCUAUAAAGGAGUAUCUGGAUGAAGGGAAGAUCAAGGGAAUCUGUUUGUCAGAGGUUGGUGCUGAUACCAUCCGCAGAGCCUCGAAGAUUGCUCCUAUUUCUGCUGUUGAAAUUGAGUUCUCUCUAUUUUCACGUGAGGCCGAGACUAAUGGCGUUUUUGAUGUCUGUAAGGAAUUGAAUAUUCCUAUUAUUGCUUAUUCUCCUAUCGGUAAAGGCUUGCUUACUGGACAAUUGAAACCUCAAGAUUUAAGUGCAGGUGAUUUCCGUGCUCACUUCGACCGUUUUAAGGAGGAAAACUUCAAAAAGAAUUUUGCUCUCGUAGAAAAAAUUCAACAGAUUGCUGCUAGAAAGGGUGCUAGUGCGGGUCAAAUUGCUCUCUCUUGGAUUCGCUCGCUAUCAAAUACUGGUAAUUAUCCGGUUAUAAUUCCAAUUCCUGGUACUGUAAACCCCAAAAGAGUUGUUGAGAACUCUACUCAUAUUGAGCUUAAUGCUGAAGACUUGAAGGAGAUCGACGAAUUUUUGGCUACUUUCCAAGUUUCUGGAUAUCGUUACAACCAGCAAAUGGAAGCCGGAAACUAUAGAUAG